GUUGACUGGAUUGUUCAGUUUGAUCCUCCAGACGACCCCAAAGAUUACAUUCAUCGUGUUGGACGUACGGCUCGUGCUGGAAAAUCUGGUAGCGCACUUUUAAUUUUGCGACCUCACGAACUCGGUUUUCUGGACGUCCUUCGUAGUUCACGUGUGACGCCUGUCGAAUAUGAGGUUGCUUCAAACAAAGUUGCUGAUGUUCAAUCCGCUUUGGAGAAGUUAAUUUCCACCAAUUAUCUUCUUGCAAGUUCAGCUCAUGAGGCCUUCAAGGGAAUUGUGCGCUCAUACAACUCUUCGAAGCUCGCCUGUUUCAAUGUAAAUGAGCUAGAUCUCUCCGCUUUAGCGAAGACCUGUGGUCUUACUGUUAUUCCAAAAGUCGAUUUAGGAGUCGAGCCCUCGAAGAAGCUUGACGCUAAAAGGAUGAAAAGGAAAGCCUUUGGAGCUGCAGCUGCAUCUUCUUUUCAAACAAAAAAACGAAAAAUCUACCAGAAGAUCAAUUGA